AUGUUGGUAACUCGGUCACAUUUUGCUGUGAGAAACCCAGUACUGAAUAAGCAGCCCAUAUCUAACCCCACCCUCAAAUGCCCUGUUGUUGAGAGCAAGGAUCAAGAGUUGAAGAGGGCUAAGGCUGUGAAAGUGAAGGUGAAUGCAGAUGGGGUUGAGGACACGUUGAACAAGACUACUACUGCUACUACUUGUACUACUUCUGUUUCGAAGAAUGUGUUUUUUCAGAGACUGUGGAGUGUUGAUGAUGAGAUUGUGAUUCUGCAGGGUAUUAUUGACUACAUUGCCACCAAAGGCGCGGACCCCUCUGCCUACAUGAAUGCUUUUUUCCUUUUCAUCAAGGAUUCUAUUCAUGUUAAUGAUACCAAGACCCAAUUGUCCGACAAAGUCCGCAAGUUGAAGAACAAAUACAAGACCAAUGCCAUCAAAGCUAAAUUGCCCUCCAAUCCCCAUAACCAACAACUCUAUGAUUUAUCCCAAAAGAUCUAGGAUUUUCAAACUAAUGCUGCUAAGCUUGAUACCACAAACAAUAACGAGGGCGUGGUUCAUGGGAAACCAAUUGUAAAAGAGGGUGCUCCUAACAAGAUGGUAGAAAUUGAAACAGAAUUGAAGAAGCUCCAAAUCUACCAACUUCAACUCUACUUGAGAAGGGUAGAAUUGAUUCGCGAGAAAACAAUUUCUUACUCCUUCAAU